UCCCGGCGACCUGUAGAAUAAUAUAGGCGUCUCCUGGACAGCCGCCUGCAGAAGCCGGGAGUGUCUUGGACCGAGCAGAGCUGGAGCCUGCGCGGGAAGACGCAGUCGGUCGCUCGGGUGCUGUUGAAGGGUGUGAGCCUACAUCAAGUUCUGCAAGAGCCAAAAUGCCACAAAGGAUGCGCAUGAGACCUUGGCUGGAAAUGCAGAUUAAUUCAAAUAAAAUUCCUGGGCUUCAUUGGCUCGAUAAGAAAGAGAAAAAGUUCCAGAUCCCUUGGAAACAUGCCGCUAAGCAUGGGUGGGAACUGGAAAAAGAUGCCUGCCUGUUCAAAAACUGGGCUGUUCAUACCGGGAGAUACAAAGAUGGUGAUGUAGACCCUGAUCCAAAAACAUGGAAGGCAAAUUUCCGUUGUGCCAUGAAUUCCUUGCCUGACAUUCAAGAAGUGAAGGAUCAAAGCAUUAGCAGAGGACCCGGUGCUGUUCGAGUCUAUAAGAUGCUGAAACCCACAGUAAAAUUAGAUAAAAAAGAAAAAAAGUCAAGGUCUCCAAAAAGCAAGAGCCCAAGAAAGUCCACGGACGAUAUUAAGGAAGAAGAGACGGUCGAAGCAACAAACAGCAUUCAGUUGGCUGAUGACCACAGUGGCUAUGCACUUCCCAGCUGUGCAGCAGAGGACAUGGAAGUGGGGAGCACAUUUGGUCUUCAGUGUGAAUUAAACAGUGAUGCCUGGAGGAAUUACCCACUGGAUGUUCAGGCUCCCGACAGCACAGACAACAUGUACAGACUUCAGGUUUCACCCUGCUAUUCUUCUUCUGAAGACGAGGAUAUUCCACUGUAUGAUCAGAUGUUUACCAGCUCUGAGUGGCACCAAAGCAGCGUUGGUGGAAGAGGGUUCCUGUUAAAUGAAGGAAAAGUGUUCAACUUAAGUGAAGCUGCAAUGCAGAAUCUCUCCCUUGACUUUACUUUGCAAGAGCAAGAUACUGGCUUUGACAUACCAAAACUAGAAGUAAUUCCACACGACUCAAAAUCCAGCGCAGAAUACACUUUGUUGGAUAUUCGACACUUUGUGCCCCCUAUAUCCUGUGGCAUUUAAACCUUUUCAUCACUAGGCUUGUACUGCUUUGUUUUGAAUGCUAUUUGCAGUCUUGACAAAUUGAUCAGUUAUUGAUACUCUCCAAGUUUAGAGUGUGAAAAGUCUCACUGAUUUAUGUACAGUAUAUGUGUGUAGGAAUAUCUUUGUGAUAAAACUCUACUUUUUGUGCCUAACUACCUUAUAAAGCCAAUUAAGGGCUUGUUUGCUGCUUCUUUCACUCUGUUCAUCUAUUAGUAGGGAUUAGAGUAUAAAUAAUUUUAAACAUGGAGAAAGUAAAAGCAGAUGGCUUUUCACUGUUGGUAAAUUCAUAUAUAUUUUAAGCUCAUCCAGAGUAUAAGCUUAAAAUUACCCCCUUGAAGACUAGUGAUGCCCUGAGGAUAAGGGGAGGGUAAGGUUUCAACCUGAUAUUUCUUGAUUAUCUUUUUUUCUUCAAAUUUAUGCUGGCCUUUAGUCUGGAACCCUAUUUUUCCAAACUGUGAAAACUAGAUAGUUGUUUGUUCCAUAUUAUAAUUCUUCAACAUUUUAUUUAUAGUACAUUCCAUUGGUUACUUUAGAUUUAUCUUAGACAAUACCUGCAUUACAUUUUUUCCCAGUGAAAAUAUGCUUUGAAGUUGAUAGGUGAUGUAUGGAUCAUUUGCACUGUGCUGAAUAUAAGAGGGUUCUAUCAACUACACCACACAUGAAAGAAAAAAAGAUUUGCCAGACUGCUAGGCUGCAGCUUAAAUUCUUGUACAUUCUUUUUGUUUGUACAUAUGUUGUUGUACAUAAAAUUUACAAUUACAAUUGUUUUAAUAAAACUUUUAAACAUAUAAAAGAUUACAUAUGAA